CUCACUUUCUCAUCCUCCGAUCACUGUCCAUUGUACUCCCUUCCCCUCCCCUCCCCUCCCCUCCCCUCCCGCACACAAAAUGGCCGCCGAAGGCUCCUCCCAACCCGAGGAGCGGGUUCCCUUCUCCACCCUCGAACUCUCCGAGCCCACUAUGAGGGGCCUCACCGACAUGGGCUUCUCGACGAUGACCCCGGUGCAGGCCAAGUCCAUCCCCGUGCUCCUGGCCGGCAAGGACGUGCUGGGCGCGGCGCGCACGGGGUCGGGGAAGACGCUUGCCUUCCUCAUCCCGGCGAUUGAGAUGCUGCACCGACUGAAGUUCAAGCCGAUGAAUGGGACGGGGAUCAUUAUCAUCACGCCGACGAGAGAGUUGGCGCUGCAGAUCUUUGGCGUGGCGAAGGACUUGAUGGCGCACCAUUCGCAGACGUAUGGAAUCGUGAUGGGGGGCGCGAACCGGAGAGCAGAGAUGGAGAAGUUGCAGAAGGGCGUGAAUCUACUUAUUGCGACUCCUGGAAGGCUUCUCGAUCAUCUUCAGAAUAGCAAGGGCUUCGUUUUCCGCAACCUGAAGGCGCUUGUGAUCGACGAGGCUGACCGGAUAUUGGAGGUUGGCUUCGAGGAGGAGAUGAAGAGGAUUAUCUCCAUACUUCCCAAUGAAAAUCGCCAAUCCAUGCUCUUCUCCGCCACCCAGACCACCAAAGUCCAGGACCUCGCACGAAUAUCCCUCCGCCCCGGCCCCGUCUCCAUAGACGUCGACAAGGAGGAGGCUACCAGCACUGUCUCCACCUUGUCCCAGGGCUACGUCGUCUGCCCCUCCGACCGCCGCUUCCUCCUUCUCUUCACCUUCCUCAAAAAGCACCUCAAGAAGAAGAUCAUCGUUUUCUUCUCCAGCUGCAAUUCUGUCAAAUACCACGCGGAGCUGCUGAAUUAUAUUGACACGCCGGUUCUGGACUUGCAUGGCAAGCAAAAGCAGCAGAAGCGCACAAAUACCUUCUUCGAGUUCAUCAACGCCGAGUCUGGGAUCCUGCUCUGCACUGACGUCGCCGCCCGUGGGCUCGACAUCCCGCGAGUAGACUGGAUCAUCCAGUACGACCCGCCAGAUGACCCUCGCGAUUACAUCCACCGUGUCGGCCGUACUGCGCGUGCAGGGAAGGUCGGCAAGAGUCUGCUGUUCUUGCUACCCAGCGAGCUUGGGUUUCUGCGCUUCCUGAAGGAGUCGAAGGUGCCGUUGAAUGAGUAUAGCUUCCCUGCGAACAAGAUUGCGAAUGUGCAGAGCCAGCUCGAGAAGUUGCUGCAGAAGAACUACUUCUUGCACCAGUCCGCAAAGGACGGCUACCGGUCAUACUUGCAGGCGUACGCCUCAUAUUCGCUCAAGAAGAUCUUCGACGUCAAUGCGCUUGAUCUGGCCAAGGUCGGGAAGGCGUUCGGCUUCACGGUGCCACCACGGGUGAACGUGAACAUCGGGGAGGGCAAGGGGAACGCGACGAAGAAGCGGAAACGUGCAGAGGGUGAAGAGUUUGAGCCAGAACUCGAGCCAGUGGAGACGGUUGGGGCGGACGAGGAUGAGGCGCCGGAGGAGGACGAGGAGACUGCACGGAAGAGCAGCUGGAGACAGUCGAAGGAGCGCAGGGUUGAGACGUUGGGCAGGAAGAAGGUGGAGAAGGAGGUGUACAAGAAGAACAAGGAGAGGCAAAAGAUGGGCGCUAAUGGUCAGUGGAGUAGAUGACCGUAGGGUUUCUGUGUAUCGUUCUGUUGUUGUUCUUGCGUAUCUCUCCUGUACCCUCUGUACCUUUCAGGCUGUCUACACCACAUUUUGUGCCACCUUGGGUC